CAACCCCAAUCCCAACCACAACUCCAGUGCCAACCACAACUCCUGUGCCAACCACAACCCCAAUCCCAACCACAACUCCAGUGCCAACCACAACCCCAAUCCCAUCCACAACCACAAGAGCCUCGACAACCACUGAACAAAUUGAGGACCUAGAUCCUAAUGAAUAUUGUAUAAAAAUGGCCCAAAACUUGAGUUAUAAAAACCAUAACGAUCCAACUUGCAAGACCUACAUAUAUUGCUACGAAAGGGGAAAUACGGGCGUAUGGGAUGGAUAUAUCGAAAGUUGUGAUCCACCAAAACCUUAUUUUUAUGGAAAGGAAUGCCAAGCUGAGAAACCAGAGGAUUGUGUUGAUCCUUAAUAUUAUAAAUGUUGUUAAAUAUAAUGUAUUUCCUUUUGCUGGAA